AUGGAUGGGAUUAGACACACGUGGGUAUUUUUCUUAGACGAGAGCCAAGUAACAACAUCAAAUAAUGUGUGGACAGAUCUUCCCAUUUUCCAGGAGCUGGUUUUUGGAGCAAGUUUACGCUUGAAUGGACACCGGCAGCAGGGAGAUGUGAAGUCCUCCAAGGGUGGGAGCUCCAGUUCUUCACCGGUGACGUCCAGCGGUGGGACCCCCUCUCCUCUCAACCCCCUGCUCUCUCCAUCGUGCUCACCUCCCACGUUUCACUUGUCGGCGACCAACCUCGGCGUGUCGUGCCCCGAGACCUACCUACACAACCUGAGCGUGCCCCUCUACUACAAGAUCUGUCCUACGAGCUUCCUAAGACAACAGUCUCUCCUCUUUCCAAGCCAUGAAAAACUGGGAAGCACCAACCCACAUCUUUUACCCCACUUCAUGGUGGAGAUGCCAAAACUAUCUUCCCUCGGCAUAACCAACCUGAAAAACACCAAAGCUGAAGACUUAACCGGGCAAUGUCCCCCCAAUUCUGCCAGUCAAAUGCUGUAUGGAUUACAUGCAUCUGGAAACAUUUUCCCAUCAAGUCCCAUUGCUCGGGAAGCACUUAAUUGUUCUUUACAUCCUCCAUAUGGCUUGUACGGUUAUAACUUCUCCGUGCCAUCCAGACUGAUGAACGCAGCGAGCCAUUUCAAAGUGAGUGACAGCAUCCCAGCUUCGAUGAGAGAUGGCAGAUGUAACCACUCCAACUGGCACCCGACAUCUAACCAUUGCCUUUAG